AUGGCUGCCUUGGCUUUCCCAGGAACCGGGACACCGACUAUCGUUGGGGCUAAUCGCGCACUUUUGGAUGGUGGCGAUAUUCUCUCGGACCCAUCCUCUACCACUACCAAAUCCAGCUUAUGGGUCCAAACUAUGUCUGACGUUGAUUCUCGGCGCGUGCCAUUGAUUCUCUUCCGAUCCAACCCACCUGAGCCUUCUCCUCAUUCGUCUUGUCUCUUCUCUUGA